AUGGGCCAACGGCGAAUGCGAAGCGGGAGCGGUGUCACGGUCAAACGAGAGCAGACCAAUCCACCGCAAACCCAGUAUUCCGAUGACGUCGGAAAGGAAUGCCCCAUAUGCCAUGAGUGCGUCGGUUCACGCAGUCCCGAGGGCAUACGAGAAACCUGGAGCAUGCUACCGUGCGGUCAUCACUUUGGGAGUCAUUGCAUCAAGCGGUAUCUCGGCAUCUCGGCCGAUGAUGAGCCGCUAUGCCCCUUGUGCCGCGAUAGAGCCUAUCACGAGGCGUGCGGCCAUCCCGUUCUGCCCUUCAUGCUCACAUCCGACGGCACACAUCCGGACCUCGUCAUCGAUGACGUCUCUGGAAAGGUCCGUCCUCGGAACGGGGAGGACUUCCUAGAAUUGGCCUGCGAUUACUGUCAGGAUACAGAGGAACAGUGGAGGCGACUAGCCGAGGCUGGGUUGCACCCUAGAUGGAAGAGACAGGUGCGCUGGCUGUGGGGACGCCUGCCCUUCACUCGAGAGCGGGCUGCCGAACCCUCCGCGUCUGUUGCCGACCAAAACCGACACUCUACUGAUCGCAGUCGUCGUGAGAGGAUUCGAAACCAGCAGAAUGGAGGGCCCUGGGAGGGCCCGUGGAUGGACGUCCGGUCUCGGGAUCCUGACUGGGAGGAGUGGUGGAAGAAGCAGGCGCCCUACGGGGUAUAA